UUAAUGUAAAGUCCAAAAACAGUCACAUCAACUACCAACUCAGACUCUUCACAGUUUCAGUCUUUUACGUUUUUAAAAUCACAUCCUUUCUUUAAUCUUAACCUGAUCUUGUCAGUAUUUCCCCUCUCUCUCUCGUGCAACUGAGUUGGUGAUCUCACAGUGUUCUCUGAAGAAGAUUUUGAUCAUUUUUCUUUUUGCUACUCAAACAUGAGGCCGACGAUCUAUCUUUUUGGAGACUCAAUCACAGAGGCUUCCUUUGCUGACGGUGGUUGGGGUGCUGCUCUCGCCAACCAUUUCUGUCGGACGCUUGAUGUGGUGCUGAGAGGGUAUAGUGGGUACAAUACAAGGUGGGCGCUGAAGGUACUUGAUAGGGUUUUUCCCACGGUGGGUCACGACGGUGCUGCUGCUGCGCCGCCAGUUGCGUUAACCGUGUUUUUUGGAGCUAAUGAUGCUUGCCUCCCUGAUAGAUACGCUGCUUUCCAACACGUCCCACUUGAUGAGUACAAGCAGAACCUACACUCCAUCGUCUCUUCCCUCAAGAAGCGGUGGCCAAAAACACUCAUACUCCUAAUUACCCCUCCUCCGAUUGAUGAAGAUGGACGCCUUAGACAUCCUUUUGUUGAGAACCCAUCGGGUUUUCCCGAGAGGACAAAUGAAGCUGCCGGCUCUUUUGCCAAGGCAUGUGUUGAAACAGCUGAAGAAUGUGGGAUCCCUGUGGUGGAUCUGUGGACCAGGAUGCAGCAAUAUCCUGACUGGCGCAAAGCUUAUCUUAGCGAUGGUUUGCACCUCACAAAGGAAGGCAACAAAGUUGUAUUUGAGGAAGUGAUGAAAAAGCUGGAAGAGAGAGGUUUAAGCCUGGAAAAGCUAAAAGCUGAUCUCCCACUUUUUGCUGAUAUUGACCAUGAUGACCCACUUAAGGCUUUUCAGCAGUAGUUAAAAGACUUCAAGACCUAAAAAAGUUAAUAAUACCAGUGAAUAUUUCAUUAUAUAUCAGCAAUAAAUAAAAGAGUUUGUUUUUCAAUUCAUAGCUCGUUUAUUUUGUUUUGCAUAUCCAUGUCAGCUUCUGGACUUCUCUAAAGAAUGGGGAAUUUUGAUAAGUAUGGGCACAACAUUGUAUGUCUUUAGUCCUCGAUAAAGAAGUAAUAGUGGUAGAAGAA